GGACACAAUGGGCGGCCGCGGCGGGGCGGCGGCGGCGGCCGAGGGGCGCUGAGGGGCCGCCGCCCUCCCUGCUUCCCUGCCUCCCUUCCCCGCGGCCAUGGCCACCACGGCCGAGCUCUUCGAGGAGCCUUUUGUGGCAGAUGAAUACAUUGAACGCCUGGCAUGGAGAACACCUGGAGGAGGUUCCAGAGGUGGAGAAGCUUUUGAUCCGAAAAGAUUAUUGGAAGAAUUCGUAAAUCAUAUCCAAGAAUUACAGGUAAUGGAUGAAAGGAUUCAGAGGAAGGUGGAGAAACUAGAACAGCAAUGCCAGAAGGAAGCAAAGGAAUUUGCCAAGAAAGUGCAAGAGCUGCAGAAAAGCAACCAGGUUGCCUUCCAACAUUUCCAAGAGCUGGAUGAGCACAUCAGCUAUGUAGCAACCAAGGUCUGUCACCUUGGCGACCAACUGGAGGGGGUAAACACGCCACGGCAACGGGCUGUGGAGGCUCAGAAGCUGAUGAAAUACUUUAAUGAGUUUCUGGAUGGAGAGCUGAAGUCUGAUGUUUUUACAAACUCUGAAAAGAUUAAAGAGGCAGCUGAUAUUAUUCAGAAACUGCAUUUGAUUGCACAGGAACUGCCUUUUGACAGGUUUUCUGAAGUAAAAUCGAAGAUAGCAAGUAAGUACCACGAUUUAGAGUGCCAGUUAAUUCAAGAGUUUACCAGUGCACAGCGGAGAGGAGAAAUCUCCAGGAUGAGAGAAGUAGCAGCAGUUUUGCUUCAUUUUAAGGGCUAUUCCCACUGUGUUGAUGUGUACAUAAAACAGUGUCAAGAGGGAGCAUUCCUGAGGAAUGAUGUCUUUGAAGAUGCAGCCAUUCUCUGCCAGAGAGUGAAUAAGCAAGUUGGAGAAAUCUUUAGCAAUCCAGAGACUGUGCUAGCCAAACUCAUUCAAAAUAUCUUUGAAGUUAAACUUCAGGGUUAUGUAAAGGACCAGCUAGAAGAACACAGGAAAUCAGAUGCAGAACAGUAUCUAAAGAAUCUCUAUGAUCUAUAUACAAGAACCACUAAUCUGUCAAGCAAAUUGAUGGAAUUCAACCUGGGUACUGAUAAGCAGACUUUCUUGUCUAAGCUUAUCAAAUCCAUUUUCAUUUCCUACCUGGAGAAUUACAUUGAGGUGGAAAUUGGUUAUUUGAAAAGCAGGAGUGCAAUGAUUCUGCAGCGCUAUUAUGAUUCCAAAAACCACCAGAAGAGGUCCAUUGGCACUGGAGGGAUCCAGAUCCACAAAAGGACUGAAGCAAAACUAAGUAUUCAAGACCUCAAAGAGAGAUUGAGGCAACGUACAAACCUACCCUUGGGGCCAAGCAUUGACACACAUGGGGAAACCUUCCUGUCACAAGAAGUGGUGGUUAACCUUUUGCAAGAAACCAAACAAGCUUUUGAAAGAUGUCACAGGCUCUCUGAUCCCUCUGACUUACCCAAGAAUGCUUUCAGAAUUUUUUCUAUGCUUGUAGAGUUCUUAUGCACUGAACACAUCGAUUAUGCAUUAGAAACAGGCCUUGCUGGCAUUCCCUCUUCUGAUUCAAAGAAUGCAAAUCUGUAUUUCUUGGAUGUUGUCCACCAGGCCAAUACGAUUUUCCAUUUAUUUGACAAGCAGUUCAAUGAUCAUCUGAUGCCAUUAAUCAGUUCCUCUCCUAAAUUAUCUGAAUGCCUUCAGAAGAAAAAGGAUAUCAUAGAACAAAUGGAAGUGAAGCUGGAUAUGGGCAUUGAUAGGACACUGAAUUGCAUGAUUGGACAGAUGAAGCACAUCUUGGCUGCAGAGCAGAAGAAGACAGAUUUUAAACCAGAAGAUGAAAACAAUGUUUUGAUUCAAUAUACUAAUGCUUGUGUUAAGGUCUGUGGCUAUGUUAGAAAGCAGGUGGAAAAGAUCAGAAAUUCCAUGGAUGGCAAGAAUGUGGACACAGUUUUGAUGGAGCUUGGAGUUCGUUUCCAUCGGCUCAUCUACGAACACCUCCAGCAAUACUCCUACAGCUGCAUGGGGGGCAUGUUGGCUAUUUGUGAUGUGGCUGAGUACAGGAAGUGUGCCAAAGACUUCAAGAUUGCUCUGGUGUUACAGCUCUUUGAUACCUUGCAUGCACUUUGCAAUCUUCUGGUUGUAGCCCCUGAUAACUUAAAGCAAGUUUGCUCAGGAGAACAACUUGCUAAUCUGGACAAGAACAUCCUUCACUCCUUCGUUCAGCUGCGUGUCGAUUAUAGGUCUGCUCGUCUCGCCCGUCACUUCAGCUGAGAGCACAGCAGGAGAACCUGCACCUUUGGGCAGGCCUCAGUUGUCAGAAAGCACAGGGAAUGAUUCCUUACCAACCGUGGGCGUAACUUUUGUGGGACAGUGACUGUUCAGAAUAAAGCAGCAGCCAUAUCUAAACAUGACAGUGUGGGAGGUGAGCAGGUAAAACUCGGGGUGGUGUUUCACGUGAGCUAAAGUUCUCCCAGUGAAGAAUUUCACAAAUCUACUUGCUACUGAUUUCUUUUUUUUUUUUUUUUUUUUUGGUUUGUUUUGCUUUUUAAUUGGAAACAUGUUGGUGUAGGAAAGCAAGUGGUGCAUUGGAAGUAUUUUAGUCUUCAAUAUUGAAUUAUGAGAUACCGUUUGUUAGAUUUGAAGUACAGAGCAUAGCGUAGGUAAUGGAUUACAUAGACUAGACCAGUGUAAAAACAUCCUUCAUCAAUUUUAAUGACUUAGGCUUCAGCACAGCUAAUCAUAAUCAAAUUAUCUUUGAUUGGUGUUUCUAAGUCAUUUCUUUCAUUUAAAACCUUAUCCUGCUCAAUGUAAUUUCUUGCUCUAAUUAAUUAGCUUGGAAUUUCUUUCAGAUGGAGGAGCAAAAGCAACACUAUCCCAGAAAGAUGUAAUUUAUUCAUUGUGUAGCAUUCUAAACAGAACUAAAGUGGUGAAAAGUUUUGGAUUUUUUUUUUUUUUUAGCUCUUUGACUCUUUUUUUUUUUUUUUUUAAUACCUAUAGUCAAAAGCCCACUGGAAUGUACUGGCAUUGUAUGAUCUGACAUUAUUGUUUCUGUUUGAUACCAGAACACUGAAUUUUGUACAUGCUCCUGAAGUAAAUGCGACUGCCUUGCCUAAGGCAUCCUUACUGCAAGGUGAAGGUGCCCAUUGUUGGGUUAAUAUACAAGAACUUUCUCCUGUCUUACUUUUUAUGUAAAUAAAUUCAAAUUCUAAUGAAGUGAAAGGAUAAAAUGUAGCCCAGUUUUUCCCAUGUGGCUCCGGCCAAAACCUCGGGUGGAAAAUUCCUGUGCUGAAGGUAAUUGAUCCUCAGUGCCUGAGCAAUAUAAAAUGUUGAAGUGUGCAAAAGCUGCUCUUCCACUGCUCAUAAUUUUCAUACUGGGCACAGACUACUCUGUGUCCCUUGUGCUCCAGUGUUUAUUCAAGGUGUUUCUGACAUGGACCCACAGUGAAUUGAAGGAACAGUGAUGUUUGAAACAUCCGGGGUGGCUUUUCCACAAGCAGUUGAAAAUUGAUGUAAAUAAACCUUUUCUCAGCGCAGACUCUUGUGGAAACGAGGCUGGAAGUGCAGUGGUUUGUGUCUUCAAUCUGACCUACACCAUCCCUGAGCAAAUCCUUUCUAACACAUUGUUUGUACUGUUAUGGAAACUUUUCUCUCUCCCACCUUCAGAGCAGCAUUUCUAUCAAUUCUGUCAGAUAAUUCUGUUUUCCUCUUUCCUUAAUGAAUUCCCAGGUGUAGUCAACAUUGACAAGACUUGUGUGGGACUUCUCUUGGUUAGUUGAGGUUCUCCUGCUUCGUUUUGUAUUUAGCAGAGCAUUGUAUCAGUAAACAAGAGGAUGGAUGCCAGAGUGUCUCCAAGUAUUCCAGGGGACUGGCUGCUUUGCUGAGCUGCACUGCUCUAUUCCUUGGCCAUGGCAGAGCCACAAAGAGUUUUGGACACUGGAGGAGGCACAUGCUUGUACUGCUGCCAUUUUUUUUCAAAAGCUCUGAUGUGAGUUCAGAUGAUACCUCUCUGUUACCUCUGUAACCGAAAGCCAACAAUUUUAAGGCUGUGGUUUUAUUAACCAAUACAAAAUCUUUCUACAAAAAAAAAAGAAAAAAAAGUGUCAAUUUGUAAACACCUCAGAACAGUGAACGUCAUCUUGAGAUUGCAGAUCACAGAAGUGCUUCAGAAUUUGUUGUAUGAUUGUUUGAAUUUUUUUAAGGUUGUAUGAAAUGUAUUUACCAUAUUCCUCGCUUUCUUAGCUGUGUUUUCCAUGCAUAUGCUCAGUGCAAUAUUUCCAUUAUGCCUGUUAACAGGAGGCAGCAAAAAGUAGGUGAAUACUUAAACUUAGAUAUGUAAACUCUUCCUCAAUAAAAAAAAAAAUUCCUUCCAGACACUUUUUUUCAUUUCAUUUCCAUGUUCUUCAAAGAUAUUUAUACUCAAUUGUAUAAGCCCUUCUAUUUAAAAAAAAAAAAAAAAAAGAAUAAAAGUAAUUUUACUGAC